GUUGUGGGGAAGUCUAGAAGGAAAUGACAAAGGAGAAUUGCACAGAACCUGCGCUUUGUAUCCUUUGCCCCGUUUGGUGCUUGCAGCCAUCCCCAGCGGACAUGGAGUUUUCAGUUCUGUGAGCUGUGCCAUCCAGCAAGGAAAAUCUAAGUUGGCCCAGGAAAACAGGAUCAGUCUACUGAGCUCCUAGAGGCCAGAAAUGAGAGUGCAGCAAAUGAUUGAAAAAUGAUUACUUGGCAGUAUCCGCUGUGGGCAGGAUAGAGAUUUAAAAGCCACUUCCAUGGAGCGAUCUGACCUUGCAGGUUUCCCACCAGCUGAAGGGAGUGGGGUUCUGCAAAAACACCAGGAGUGCCUUCAGUGUUGGACAGAGAACUUUUUCAAGAAAAGGGCUGCCUUGGGAGCUGGAGAGAAGGAGCAGUUGCGCCCAUGCGACCACCCACAGAGUGAGGGCUGCACCAAGGAAACUCCUUUCCUUGCCGAGGACACCGGCACUGCCCCAUACAGAGGAUGUUUCCCUGUCAUAUUGACAACACAAACACUGUUCCAGUGUCAUGCAAACACCUAUGGGUAGUUUGUUACUGAGAUUUUUUUCCCCACUAAGGUGUAGUUCUUCCUUGAGCAAGCCCUAGAGUUUUCUGGUAGAUUUUAGCCAUGCAGGAAAUGGGCAGGAAGGACAGGCAUUCCAAUUUAGGGAACUCUCGAGAAUAUUACCAAAGCGUGAUUUCAUCCAUAGAGUUUAAGCAAGGGUUGCUAGGUUUAGUCAGAAGCAUUGUUGGCCAAAGUACCCAGCUGUGCGCUUGAUGCCUGCUUUGCGUUACUUUUGGAUCCUUUGAGCUGUGGGUUAUGGACUGAAAGAGAGGAUUGUGCUGCUUUGGGACAGAGGAGAACUUUCUGGGCUCUCUUUUGAUUUAGCUGUGGAGAAGGUCCAGUUGCCAUGCAUGAAUUCACAGAGCGACCCAGAGCAGCUGCUAUUGUGAUGCCAGCAGAGGGCUGCCACGUCACAGCGUUGUCACGAGGAGGUUGCCCUGGUGCAGGCAAGGCCUCAGCGUCCAUAACAGCUCUUGGCGUUCUUGUUGCAGGAGGAUCCUGUACAGAGGAGUUCUCUGGCAACAGUCUGUGCCCCGAAAAGGGAGUCUUUUUCUUUUGCCUGCCAUUGUACGAGUCGGCAGACUCGUGUAGGCAUCCUUUUGUUUCCCCUGCGGUUGUAGGGUCUGCAGACACGCACAGGUGUACUCUUCUUUUUCUUUUUUUUUUUUUUUUGUACGGUCUGCAGACUUGUGCAGGUGUCUUUUGUUUUUUCCCUUCUCUUUGUACAGUCCGCAGAUUGCUGCGGGUGUCCUUUUUUCCUCUUUUCCUUGCACAGUCUGGGGACUUGUGCAAGUGGGUUUUUCUUCCAUUUUUGUUUUACGUCCCUAUGACUGAAGCAGCCCUGCUGGAACAAUGGAGCAAAUCCGUAGGGCAGUCAGCAGGGCUUUUUCGGCAGUGUCAGCCCGCAGAAUUGUUAACGGUCUGAGACGUAAGUAGAGGUUUGUUCCUUGGGGGCAGCACAUUGAAAGAAAAAUGCCAUAAAGAUGCCAUACUUUGGUAAAGCUCCUGCCAACAGUUUCAGCCAAAAAGAGGUGGCCCUUGCCCAGCAGGUUGUGGACAACUUCCAAAAUGCAGACUGGGAGAGUUUUGCAGGCAUCCUUUUAAAAACUCUGCAGUUCUCUAAGGAACUUAAGGAAGGCAUCGUUUCCUGCAUUUCCUCCUUAAAGAAUGUGCCUCUCUAACUGGAACCCCUCUGUGUACUACAAGAGGGAUUGGCUUUGCACUGUAGGGCAAACUGCUGAGCAGAUUCUGUGGGCUCCUGAACCCCAGAGCUUGGCCUGUGCUGUGUCCAAACAAAGCAGCAAGCAUCAAGAGGGGUUUGGCAGAAGCUUUUGUGGGGAAUUGUUUACAGCAACCACCUGGGACAUGCUGCAUGCAAUUUCCAAAAAGAAAAAGGAAGUCCAGGAAAGAGAGGAGAAGGAAACUGCUUUAGUUGUAGGGUGGACAAUGAGCUCCAAUGUAGGCACUGACUGCUAAGGAACUAUUUGCAUCUUCCCGGCCCCAAGUUUCUAGUUCCUUAGUAGCAAAGCUGAGCAAAAGGUAGACACAGCCUGGGGUAUUGGCCUGCAGUCUUGCUUGCUGUGCUACAGAACUGGUCCUCCUGGUAGAGAGGCUGUGAAAGGAAAAUGCUCUCUCCUUGGGUGGCCUGGUUCUGUGGGAUUCCUCAGCACCAGCAGUUUUCUAACAGCACCUGGUUUGUUUUCGCUUGGCCCCGGCAGGUCGCCUCAGAGGUGGAAGGAGUCAAGUCCAUGGUUCGGUGAGUGGGACGGGCACGCUUGACAUUCCUGGUCCCUGAGGAUGAUGGAGCAAGGCGUGGCCUUGGCCUGUUGCAGUUGAGUGCCAGGCUGGCAGGCUGAAAGAAAGUCCACGUCAGUCCAUGUCUUCAUGAGCACUACGAAAAGGAUUCCAUCAGUUUCCUCCUUCUCCAUUAAGGAGGUUUCAACUUUCAAUGAAAGUCAACUUCUGCAGACAGAAGGCUGCAUGCUGAUAGUAGCCUGCCUGAAAUAUCUCCUUUAGAAGCAUAUGCAGUCCUGUUGAAACAUUAGUCUCAUCGGCCCACUUGGAAUGAGUUUUAGUGACUGAGGAUCCCACUUGUAUCAAAAUUCACAGCUUCUCACUAGGACCACUGGUCAUAGAGCUCAGGAGAAAUAAGGGCCUCUAUGACAGCUUACUCCCUGUCCCUCACGCUGCUGUUCUGUCUGCAGAGCACCACAGCAGCAGCAGCAGCAGAACCUGCUCUGGCUCGCUGUCUUCCUCCAGACACUAAAGGGGAAGCCAAGGUCAGCAAACCUCCACGUGUUGUCAGUGCAGGGCCUGAGCAUCCUACACCAAUCAGUGACAGCUUUGGUUGCUUCAGUGAAAGGCUUUGGUGCAGUUCAGAGCUGCAAGUUUCUGAGCAGACAGCACUUGCCCUUUGUGGCUGAAGAUGCUGAGGGCUGGAGUCCUGCCAUGACCUAGUGCUUCAGCCCAGCCACUGACACAUGGGAAACGGGGCCUGAACUCUCACAUGCAGGCAUCAUUUUCCUGCUUUUCUGACAGGGACUGUGAACUUGCCUUGGUGUCAAAAAAGCGGUAGCAUGAUGUGCUUUAGUGCUACUGGUGAGAAAGUGAGCCCUGUUGUGCACAGUGUCUGUGCAGGCUCCCUGCUGCCAGCAGAGAGAGCGGCCCCAAGACGCAGUUCACAGCCUUGGGGGGAACAGAGGAGCCACCAUUGCUGCAGGGACUUGCCAACACAGAGUUAGUUGGUUACCCACAUAAAAUCCCCCACACAACAGCUUUGGCCUUCCGAAGCUGUUGUGUGUCCGCUUGCUGCUUCUUGCAGCUUUCAGAAGCUAACUGCCCUGCUCCUUAUUGCUUCUUUUGCUUUUUCCCUGCCCAUUCUUGCAGGCCCACUGGGAGAGCCUCUUGCCUUCCAGGACUCCUCAGCCCAGGUGGGAAAGGCAGAGCGGGAGCAGAGCACAGAUAGAGUGUGCAGUGCCCAGGAGUUCAGGUGUGUGUUAAGCUAUCUUGCUUCCUCUGAGCAGGGGUGGGCAUUGCUGGGUUUAGGAGGCCCAGAGUCAAAGCAGAAAUUAGGCUUUCUCAUCGUUUGACUUACUCAGCAUAGAUGGGGGAAAACACCUCAUGGGUAGGUCUGGCUGCCAACCCAACUUCUGCACAGCUGCCUCCUGAGACUCGCUUGUCAAACCUUGACAAAAAGUAUGCUGAAGUUGACCAGAGUAAAAGCAAGGGAGGCUCAGGCUGGGUUUAUGGACAGAAAAGCUUUGAACUGCAGAGGCAGCAGAACAAGCGCCUCAAAGAGCUUGUGCAGAUUCCACCCUUGGAAAUCUGGAAGCCCCAGCUGGGUAGAACCUUGAGCAGCCUGUCCAGAUGCCAUAGCUGACCCCAAGUGCUUGGAGGUGAAGAUGGGCCUAGAGGCUUCCUUGAGUCCCUGCCACCGUAAUUCAUCUUGGGAUCCUUUGAUUAUUGGAUUGGAAAUUUGUACAUAGUUCCUCCCCAGGCUAUCACUUGCAGGCUCUUUCCUUGUUGCACUAGUGAAAGCAAGAGUAAUUGUGGGAGUGCUCAUCUGGCUGCAUUUGAGAGCAGGCGCCACUCCUCACAAGAGAGGGCAUUGGAAGUGGCAGCAGAGAGAGCAGAGGAACCUCAGAUUCCGAGGGAUCUGCUGAAGGAAGAGGUUCCUCUGGCAGUGCCAAAGGUUUGCCACUGGCAGCGGACAGCCCGCAGGGGUCUGGAGAAGCUCCUCCAGGAGUUCUCUCGCCAAGGGCACACACUGUCCCAGGUGUGCAGAGAGAAGGCGGCGCAGGCACAAGAGAAGGCUGCCCUGGAAGCCCGACUGACAGCCAUGGAGCUGGACCUACAAGGCCUUUCAGAGCAGCUGGCAGAGGCCAGGUCAGAGAAGGAGAGCCUGCAAAGUAGCCUGCUGGAGGCUCAGCAGCACGUAUCAGAGCUGGAGAGCACCAGGAGCCGUCUGGAAGCCCAAGUGCGCACAGCCACGCGGGCCAAGGAGGUGAUACUAGAGGAUGUGAAGGGCCUUCGUCAGGAGCUGCUAGCUGUAAGGUCUCUCAGCAAGCAGCAAUGUGAAGAAAUAGCUCAACAGCUCCGCUGGGCAGAACAGCAGUGCAGCAAGGCUCUCAGACGCUGGCAAUCUGCACAGGAAGAGGAAAAAAAGAAUCUCCAGCAAAAAAUGAAGAGACGUCUGGAACGGCAGCGCUUGGAGGCACAGGUGAUGCUGGAGGAACGCGAAAGCUCCCUGGCAGAGCUCCAGGCUCAGAAGGCUGCUGUCUCAGCCAAGGUGCACCAGCUGCAAUGGGAGCUAAACCAAAGCCGGCAGCAGCUGGAGCAGCUGAGGCAGCAGCUGAAUGAGGAGCAGGUGAAUGGGCAGAAUAUCAAGGACAAGAUGCAGGCAGAGCUGCAGGAAGCUUGGAGGAUGAUGAAGGCAGUGGAGGAGAGGCACAGAGAAGAAAUGGAAAGGAUGUGCCAGAUCCAGCUGCAGUACAGGCUGGCAGAACAAAGGCAGAUGGACAAGGGCUCUGCCAUUGCAGCCGCGGCUCCAGCAGCAUCCUACGAAGAAGCCUCCUCUCUGCAGCCUGAGAACCCGAGCAGCAGCAGCUCAGCCUCCUCCAGCCAGCAGAGCGAGAACCCCUGCAUGAAACUGCUGAGGAGUGUGAUGAGCAUGGCAGAUCCAGAAAAGAAAUACACUGGAUGGAAACUUAUUGCCAGAGGGGGUUUUGGAAGUGUUUAUAAGGCCUUGGACGCUGCCACAGGACAAGCGGUGGCCAUAAAGGAAAUUGAUCUCUGCAGCAGGGCUGUGAGGAAGUAUUGAAAGAAAUCCUGGUCAUGAGGGAAAAGAAGAGCCCCAAUAUUGUCACCUACCUGGAAAGCUACCUUAUCAGUGAGGCUGUCUGGCUGGUGUUGGAGUACAUGGAUGGAGGCUCUUUAGCAAAUGUGGUCAGCAACAAAAGGAUGGCUGUAGGACAAAUGGCAACGGUCUUUCAGGAGUGCCUGAAAGGCCUGGCUUUCCUUCAUGCCAACCAGGUGAUCCACAGAGACAUCAAAAGCGACAACAUCCUUCUGGGCCAGGAUGGCUCCGUCAAGUUGGAUCACAUGGGCCCACACCAUGGGAAUCUUCACUCGAGGUGCUUUUCAAAGGAAAAGGAAGGAAACUUGCAGUGAAUCAAUUGCAGAAGGGGAGCAGAUGACCAGGAGCACUUCAGGAUUACUUUCUUCAUUGCCAGCUUGGAGCCAGA